CUGACCGAAAAGUAUUAAGUGAUCAACCGUAGACCUAAAACCACGUGUGCUCAUCAAUUAAAUAUUGCAGUUUAAAUUCUAUUCUAUGCAUUUUUAAACGUUUUUUUAAAGUGAUAUACUUUGUCAAAAUGGCAUUAUUUGUAUAUCUGGUUGUGCUAUGUGCGUCUGUGUUUGUUUUUAGGUUUUUAAUCAGUUAUUUAUGUCAAAGACAUUACGCUUCUAAGCUACCGUGUGUGUCGGGUGCUUUACCCAUCAUAGGACAUCUUCAUAAGUUCUCUUCGGAUAAAGUCGAAUUAUUUGAUUUUAUAAAGAACGCCAGUGAAGAGACCGACAAACUAGGAGGUUUAUCAAUUCUGUGGCUUGGACCAAUACCCAUUUUCAUGUUAAUGGAUCCAGAAAUAACCCUUGCUUUUGUGAAUUCGUGUGUUAAAAAGAGUUAUAUGUACUCUUUUGCUUCUGGGUGGAUUGGGGAAGGGUUAAUUUGCGCUAAGCCAGCCACAUGGCGAAAGCACAGGAAGAUUUUGAAUCCUUCGUUCAAUCUGCAAUUUCUUCAUAAUUUUCUAAACAUAUUUAAUAAGCAAGCCAGUCGCCUCGUGGAUAAAUUGGACGCUAUUGUUGGUCGGGAGGAAACUCUUGUGGACUCUAUGUUACUUGAUAUUGGUUUGGACACUAUUUGUGAAACUGCCGUUGGUAUUUCAAAUGACGAAAAUACAAUUAUGAAACCAGAAAUAUACAAGGAUGCCGUGAAAACAAUGAUCAAUUAUGUGCUAACAAGAUUUUUAUCAGUAUGGAUGCACGUAGAGUGGCUUUACAACAUGACAAGUUUAAGAAAAAAAACUGACGAUGUCUGCAAGAUUUUAAACCAGUCUUCAAGAAAUAUCCUCAAAGAAUUAGCAAAUUCCGACCAAUUAUCCAAUAAAAACGCAGAAAAGCCCCACAAAACAAUAAUGGAAUAUUUACUAAAGCACAAGAAGGAGAGUGCAUUGACCGACAAAGAAAUCAAAGAUGAAGUGGAUACGAUGGUGAUCGCUGGUUACGAGACGUCUGCCACUCAACUCAUGUACGCCAUCAUUCUCAUAGGAUCGCAUCCUGAAGUGCAAGAAAGAGUAUACAAUGAAAUCAAAGAUGUUCUGAUUGAUAUGAAUCGGGACGUGACAAAAGACGAUCUACCAAAGUUGGUUUACUUAGAAGCCGUACUUAAAGAAUCACUGAGAUUGUAUCCGGUGGUGCCAGUGAUUGUAAGAGAAACAGAGAAGACAAUGAAAUUGUCGAAAUACACAAUCCCUGCCGGUAGCACGGUAGCAAUAUCUCUCUACGGUAUGAACAGAUCUCGAGUGUGGGGCCCAGACCGUAACGUCUUCAACCCUGACCGUUGGUUGACACCUUCCAUGUUGCCGGUACAUCCAGCCUCGUUCGCACCUUUCAGUUUGGGAAAACGUGGCUGUAUAGGUAAACCUUACGCUAUGAUGACCAUGAAGACCACGCUAGUCCAUGUUAUCCGCCGGUUUCAGCUCUCAGCCAGUCAGGAGGCUCUCAGGGUUCAGAUGGACUUGCUGCUCAAACCGGCCUCGGGGCAUGGGGUCACUUUCACCAGGAGAUUUUAAUUAUGAUUCAUAAUUAUGUACACCUUAGGUAUACAGGGUGUUGCAACAAGGGUAUACUAAGCCGAAAAGGGUUGACGCAAGGGGUUAUAAACAACUUUUGUUGCAUGUCGAGAACAUAUAUGAGAAUGACAGAAUGUGUGUUCAAAAUGACCCCCUGAGUCAUCGCCUUUCGGCUUAGUAUACCGUUUUUGCAACACUCGGAACAUAGAGAGGGACCCUAUACCCAUAGUUUUUCUAUAAGUGUCUGUCAGGAUUUAUGAUGUGUAUUUUAAGGGAAAAUGUUUCUUUGUAUUAAUUUUAAUAAUUAUAAAAAAAAAAUUAUAAACCGUAAAUUUUAAUACCUUAUCGACCAGUUUUGAGCCAAGAACUGAAAGGCUUGAAAAUGGCAUGUUGGCAGCCGCUGCAAAAUGUUCUAAAGGCUUUCUAGGUCGAAUUUAGGUCAACUCGGCCAGAUGGCGACAAAGCAUUGUGUACGGUUGAAUAUUAAAUUUUCACGAGGGAAAAUGCCCUCUAAUGACUGCUUCGGAACAGUUUGGUUUAAUUACGCAUACGUACUAGGAGCUUGUUUAGAAAUUGUAACUUUACGGAAAUUGUGACCAUUUUGGUAAGUGGUUUGGUUUUAUCAUUCAUGUCCACUUUGCUAACUAUGGUACAGUUUAUUUAUCCU